GGCCCAUGGGCCAGAAUCUCCAUUUUAUAUUCUUCACCCAUUCCUUAACAGGUGCUCUGUUUCGUUCCUGCCGCUUUCAUCCCCACAAGCACAAAACUUGGACUUCGUUUAUGGCGGAUUCCAGUCAGGUUUACGUACCCUUCAUUCCUGGCGCUCUACCUCUCCAUAAGCUCAAACCUUGGACUUCGCUUAUGGUGGAUUCCAGUCAGGUGUACGCACCUUUCAAAGCGGAGGAUCUUAAUUCAACUAUGCCUCAGCCUGAGCUUCCCGAUGCAGAAGAUCGAGCUCCCACUCAUGACCCUGUUGUUCAAACUGAAUCUGUACCUGGACAUCCAGCUCCUGCGUUGGGUUUGGCUCCUGUUCCUGCUUCGGCUUCCUCAUCUCCCGCCGAUACUCCACAAAAAAUGAUGCACAAGAAUCGUUUGCAAGAGUACACCCAGCGGGCAUCCCUUCCGUUGCCAACUUAUCAAACGGUUAAUUUAGGAUCACAACAUGCACCGAAUUUUCGGUCGACUGUGCUGGUUGAUGGAGCAACUUAUUCCUCUCCAAAUACUUUUCCACAUCGAAAAACGGCUGAACAAGAUGCCGCUAGGGUUGCCCUAGAAUGUUUACCAGAAAAAAUAAAGUAUGAGGGCCCUCCUAUCAUUUGCGAGGAAACAACAUUUUGCAAAUCCAUCCUCAAUGAAUAUGCUGUCAAAAUGAAUUUUGACAUUCCUGCUUACAACACUGUUCAGUCAGAAGGGUCGCUUCCUUGUUUUACCUCUUCGUUGGUUUUCAAUGCUGUAUUUUAUACCGGCAAAGCUGGAAAAAACAAGAAAGAAGCAGAGCAAUUGGCAGCACGCGCUGUUAUUCUCUCUUUGUUGGGUGAUAAUAGGACGGGAACAAUUCUCUAUGAAAUCAUAAAGUCAAAAGACAAACUUUAUGCUGCUCUUCAUAAAGGCAAGAACUUCCAGACUCAUCACAACUCUCCUCUCGAUGGAGGAAGUGCUGGACCUCAUUAUGGGAUGCCACUUACCCAAGGCAGAGAAGUUGAAGCGUUUGUAGUUCCUGGGGCAAGUUCAGAGGCUAAUCAGCCCCACCAUUACUAUAAGAAGCAAAAACUAGGGCCACCUUUUGUACCGAACCAUCUCCCAAUAACAUUUGUGGCUCCAGUUUCAGCCCAACCUCAAGGAGAUGGUCCAAGUUGUGCCAAAAAAGGGAAAAAAAACAAGAAAAAGGCAAAAAAGAAAUUACAGACUGGUGAUGAAUUGUCUCUUGCUGUGUUUCCUCCGAGUCAAGACCCACCUUGUUCGGUAGCCCAAUGAAUGGUGCAAGUCUAAUGCAUAAUUUUUGCAGGAAUCCUGUUUUGUGGUGAACAUGGACUCAUGUAAAAAUAAAAAUAAAAAAGGUUUAGUGAUGUUUGGCAUAUGUAACAUGGUUUAACUUUUCUAUGUUUUGAGACGAGGUUUCUUUGAGGUACUGACCUCUAUCAUCCACCAACGAAGCAACUUAUUAUUAUUGUUUAGGUUUAUGUUUUAACAAUUCAAAUCUUUCCUUCAA